CAACCACAAUUUUCUUUGCAAAAAAACCGAAAUUAUUGAUUUUUCCAAAGGAUCAGUGAUUUCUCAACGAUGCAAAUUGACAAACAAAUAUCUUUGGACUCACUCGAUCGAGCAUUAUCUUACUUCUUGUGGACGAAAAAUAACGUCUUCAAAAUUAUUCUAUGUAUUCUCUCUAUCUUCAAUUAUUCUCUGCAUCCUCUCUGUUUUUUUUUUUUUUGCUAAGAAAUUUUCUAGUAAAUUUCGAUUUUAAUUUAUAAAUGGGGAAUUGCUUCUCCGCCUCAAUAAGUUUGGAUGAACCGGUGAAGAAAGUCUUUGAAUGGCUACUUGAGAAAAGAGGUUAUACUCAUAAUCUCGUCAAUAAUCUGGUGGCUCUGGAGGCAACCAUGGAAGAACUCAAGGCUAAACGGGAUGAUUUGUUAAGAAGGCGCAAAAGAGAGGAGGAUAUAGGUCAACUAAUGCUUGAAAAGUUCCAGGUAUGGCUUAAUACAGUUGAGACUAUCGCAUGUAAAGUCAAUGAUAUAGUUAAUGCUAGAAAUCUUGAACGUCAAAGUUUUAUGUCGAGAUACCUUUACGGGGAAAGUGUUUUCUUGACGUUGAGAAAAGUUGAGGAACUCAAAAAUGAAGAUUUUGAAGUGAUUGUUGUAACACAUGAGGUGGAGGAGCUGCCUCUUCAACCGACAAUUGUUGGUCAAGAAACAAUGCUCGAGAAGGCAUGGAAUCAUCUCAUAAAAGAUGGAGUUGGUCUUAUGGGUAUGUACGGUAUGGGCGGUGUAGGGAAGACAACUCUUCUCACACAGAUCUACAAUAAGUUCAGUACCGAUAGACGGGGAUUUGACUACGUUAUUUGGGUUGUGGUCUCUAAAGAGUUGCAGAUGGAGAAGAUUCAAGAUGAUAUCGCUGAAAAAGUUGGUCUUGGUGGAAAACAGUGGGAAGAAAAAACUAAAAGGCAAAAGGCUGAUCGUUUAUUCAAUUUCUUAAAGGAAAAGAGAUUCGUGUUGUUUUUAGAUGACAUAUGGGAGAAGAUGGAAUUAGUUGAGAUAGGAGUUCCGGAUCCAAGAACACAGAAAAGAUGUAAAUUGGCAUUUACCACUCGUUCUACGGAUGUAUGUGCGCGCAUGGGGGUUGAAAAACCAAUGGAGGUCCAAUGUUUGGGAGGCAAUGACGCAUUUGAUUUGUUCCAGAUGAAGGUUGGGCAAACAACACUUGGAAGAGAUCCAGGAAUCCCCGUACUUGCAAAAGAAGUUGCUAAAAAAUGCAGUGGCCUACCAUUGGCUCUCAACAGCAUAGGCGAAACCAUGUCAUCCAAGAAGACGGUACAAGAAUGGCGUAACGCUAUAGAUGUUUUGAACUCAUACGCCGCAGAGUUUUCUGGCAUGGAAGAUAAGAUUCUUCCACUUUUGAAGUAUAGCUACGAUAAUCUUAAGGGAGAGCAGGUUAAACAGUGUUUUCUAUAUUGCGCUCUAUUCCCAGAAGAUGCCAGAAUUUAUAAAGAAGAUUUGAUAGACUACUGGAUAUACGAGGAAAUUAUAGAUGGAAGUGAAGAUUUAGAAAGGGCCGAGAACAAGGGCUAUGAUAUCAUUGGUAGUCUUGUUUGUACAUCAUUGUUGAUGGAUUCAGGUUAUGUGGAUGGAAAAGGUGUUGUGUGUAUGCAUGAUGUUGUUCGUGAAAUGGCUUUAUGGAUCGCAUCUAAUUUGGGAACACAAAAACAAGCAUUUAUUCAAGUGUUUGCAGGUGUUGUUGUGUCACGUGAAAUUCCCAAGGUUAAGAAAUGGAACGUUGAGAGAAGGAUGUCGAUGAUAGAGAACAAGAUCGAGCAUCUCGUUGGCAUGCCUAAAUGUAUGGAAGUAACAAGUUUGCUCACGCGACAUAUGGGGCAGAAAUUUAGGUCGACUGAAUUCUGCAUAUUCCUGCCAAAUUUAGCUGUUUUGGAUCUAUCAGGUGAUCAUGAUUCCGUCAAAAUAUUUUCAGAAGAUGUAUCAAAUCUAGUUUCGUUGCAAUAUCUCAACUUGAAAAAUUCUUCGAUAAGUCAUUUGCCAAAGGGUCUGCAAGAGUUGAAGAAACUAAUUCACUUAAAUUUGGAGGGAACAUGGGAUCUUACGAGUAUUGUUGGGAUAUCAAGUCUGCAUAAUUUGAGAGUUUUGAAAUUAGCUUUUUCUGGUUUAAUAUGGGAUCUUCAGACAGUGACUGAGUUGGAAACUUUGGAAGAUUUAGAAAUUUUAACCACAAGAUUCUAUGUUUCUCCAAGCCUGGGGCUAAUGGGGCAUAUUUUGAACUCUCAUAGGUUGAUGAGUUGUACAAAGUCUCUAACAAUCUUUGAUAGCAAUAUGAUAUCAUCUGGAAUAUCAUUUCAUGUAGCUAUGGACAAGCUUUGUGAUUUGAACAUUGAGGACAGCAGUAUCUCCGAGAUAAAGAUGAGAAGGAUAUGCAGCUUCUCGAGCCUUGUAAAAGUACAUAUAAAAGGUUGUGAUGGCCUAAGGGAAUUAACGUUUCUGAUGUUCGCACCAAAUCUUAGAAUUCUUUAUGUUAGCAGUGCAAAAGACCUAGAAGAUAUAGUAAACAAAGAGAAAGCUUGUGAAGUUAAAAAUUCAGGGGUCGUUCCUUUCCAAAACCUGAAAUAUCUUCAUUUAAUAUAUCUACGGAAGCUGAAGAAGAUCUAUUGGAGUCCUCUACCCUUUCCAUGUUUAGUUCAAAUAGAUGUAGACUAUUGUCCAUAUAUGAGAAAGCUUCCACUAAAUUCCAAAAGUGGUGAAAAUGGAUGCAUCAUACGUUACACAUAUGAUUGGAUUAGAGAUGUAGAAUGGGAGGAUGAAGCUACUAAGACACGAUUCUUAUCUUCAUGCCAAAAGGUACCACCCUGAUAGGUUGGCUGUUCCAUUGACAUUGGUAAGGAAGGGAGUUAGAAGUGAAAGAGCAGUGAGAAAGUAUGAGAAGAAGACUAAGAGAGGAAGACGUGGCUAAGAGUCUCUAUUGGAAGCAGAAGGUCUCUAAAUAAAGGAACGUCUUAUUAAUGCGUUUUAUUAAGCUAUCUAUGUAUUUGUUCCCUUGUUAGGGUUUCAUUAUCGAAAUACAACAACAAUUUCAGAUUCUUAUCUUUAAUUUGUCAUUAUAGCUAGAUAUAAGUGUGUUUGAAUGUGGUUUUGUGACUACUCUGUUCCUAAACACGAUCGCAUUGGCUUC